UCUGUCUCUCUUUUUCUCUCUCUCUCUCUCUCUUUGCUUCUGUGUGUGCGUGACUUGUUUCGCUGUCGUUGAGAAAGGAGGAGGGAAGCCGGAAAAGGAGAGGCCGUAGGUUCCGGGGAGAAACGCUGUUUUGCUGGUUUCGGAAAGGGGCGGAAAAUGGAAGCGCCACCUCCGGAGAUCAGAUGACCAUCCGCCGUGGUGGUCUUCUCCGUUGUCAUCGCCGCCGUCGUCGUUGUGUUCCUCUUCGUCGUCUCGUCCGAUCGUUCGGCGCCGGAAAGGCGCAGGUCUUGCGGUUUCCCGGCGAUGGCUUCAGGGAAGGGACUGGUGGAGAGGCUGCGUCGGGUUCUCCGGACGGCUUUCUUCAUGGUGACCAUGGUGGCGUCGCUCCUACUCUUCUCCGCCACGGUCGUUGUCGCGGUCGCCGACGUCGUCGUCCCCUCCUCGCUGCUCCCGGUGUUCUCCGGCAGAAAUCUGAGGCCUCAGUUCGCUCGUUACGGGUUUCGACACUCCCUCAUCGACGUCCCUCUUAUUUCCGUCGUCAGAUCCCUCAUCAUCACGUCUGUCUAUUCGUUAUGUGAUUCUCCGUGCCUCUCCCAUGGUCCUUACCUCGGCACGGUAACGUUUUGCUCCUUGUCCUCCAUCCUUAUCCUUUCGGUGAAGGCAUGCCUCUUCCGGGGGAUUCCAGAAGAAGACCCUGGCAGUAUCUCGAUGGCGUCCUCGGUGCAGAGGAAGCUUCACUUGAAACAGUCGUGGGGGAUGCCCAUCCUUUUCAUGUCUUCGCUGGUUUUCGCUCUCGGACACGUCGUCGUUGCGUAUCGAGCCAGUUGCAGGGCACGUAAGAAGCUGCUUUUCCAUCGGGGCGAUCAGGAAUCGGUUUUUGGGUUUCCUGGGUAUCUUAAGGUCCCGCGAUCACCAACACCUACCAGUGGUAAGGGUUGUAGAAGUGAUUGUGAAGGCAGGAGAAGACCUGCAACGGCAACAGCAGCUGUGGCAGCCCGUGAAGAAGGUUACUUGCCAAUCAGGUUACUUUCUGAUGUGGACAGCUUGUUCAUGACAUAUCAAGGUAUUCUGCUUCAUUACAAGCUAAAUCAUCCUGACUCUCCAGUUUCCCAAUCCCUGGCGUGUUCUGCAUUUUUGGAAGAUAACCCACUUGUAAGCUCACCGCGGGGCAUGCCCAGCAGGCUCAAGCUGGAUAGACCACUAUUGUCUGUUCCAUCCAAAAGCUUGCAUCUACAUAGGAGUUUCAGUAAUCCAUUUGAUGAUGACUCAUUAUACGCCCCUUUAUUGACUGGAUCAACUGGUGGUAGUAUUUUACCUGAUGAGAUCCCUGCCCUAAAAUUGGACGAUCAUGACAAAGAACAGACCUUUUCAAGUCAUAAUAAUAAAGAAAACCUUGCGGGAUUGGAGAAUGGUCCCUGUGGUAUUGUUUUGAUUCAUGGAUUUGGAGGAGGUGUGUUCUCAUGGAGGCAUGUGAUGGGACCUCUAGCACGACAGACAAGGUGUACAGUGUCUGCAUUUGAUCGACCAGGUUGGGGCCUGACUUCUCGCCCUAGGAGGUCCGAGUGGGAGGCCAAACAGUUGCCAAAUCCAUAUCACCUUGACUCACAGGUUGAUUUACUCCUUGAUUUUUGUCUUGCAAUGGGUUUCUCUUCAGUAGUUCUUGUUGGUCAUGAUGAUGGAGGACUUAUUGCUUUAAAGGCUGCUCAAAAAGUGCAGUCGACUAGCAAGUUCAUGCAGGUGGAUAUCAGAGGGGUAGUUCUUCUUAAUGUGAACCUGUCAAGAGAAGUUAUUCCGGGAUUUGCUCGGAUUCUCCUGCAUACAUCAUUAGGGAAGAAACACAUGGUUCGCCCUCUACUGCGCACUGAAAUUACCCAAGUAGUUAAUCGCCGAGCCUGGUAUGACUCAAAGAAGCUAACUCCUGAAGUCAUGAGCCUGUACAAGGCACCAUUAUGUGUGGAGGGUUGGGAUGAAGCACUUCAAGAAAUUGGAAAAUUGUCAUUUGCGAGUGUCCUUUCUCCUCAGAAUGCAUCACUUCUCUUGGAAGCAGUUGGGGACCUGCCAGUCUUGGUAGUUGCAGGUGCUGAAGAUGCACUUGUUUCACUCAAGACAUCCCAGGCCCUUUCUUUAAAGCUCCUAAAUUCUAGGCUUGUUGCAAUUUCUGGAUGUGGCCAUCUUCCUCACGAGGAAUGCCCAAAGGCACUGUUGGCAGCUCUUUCUCCCUUCAUAUCGAGGCUGCUCGCAGAUCAUUGUGAAGGCGUUCAAUGAAACUAUGGAUGGAUGAUUGCGUCUUGGUUCUGGCUUUCUGCUAUGAGGUUGGUUUUUGCAGCCUCAGGGUCGGUCUGAGAGCUCUAAGCGUUGUCCACAGUCAGGGGUGGAAACAAGUUUGACCCCUCUAUUCUGGUUUUGGGAAGUUGUGAAAUUGGUUUUCCAGGACGCCGAUAAACCCUAAUCUUUUAAAAUUUAGGGUUUAUGUUAUACUGUGCGUCCCUUUUCUUUUGCUUGAGAGAGAAAGGUUGACGAUCCUUGGAGAAAGUGGAAACAAAUGUCCUGUAAAUUAAAGAUGGUAGCUUGCAUUUGUGUAUAUCCCGCUAGUAUGCCAAAUCUCAUGCAAGCGUACGAAAAAAAAUUCCUGUAACUAUGUUGAGCCUGGUGCUCUCCUGAAACUAUGUUUAUCCUGCUCUCUCUCUCUCACCCUCA